UGACGGCCGCAAAAUACGCGCGUACUUGUCAAAACUUCGUUGUAGUACACUGACCAAUAUCUCCUCUGUGUAUUUUAUUCACGAGAAGCAAUCUACCAAUACAAAAGCAACAGAAAACACUCAGUUCACUUGAUCUUUUGACUGUCUAAGAGCAUUAACUGGUAAAGCUAGGUUAUUGGUUUUUUAUGACGCCAUAGUGAUACUAACGAGCACUUGCAAACAGCUUUCCAACACACUUUAUUAUUAUCUAUACACAUACUAUUGUUAACAUUUUUUAGUGUAGCGUAUUCGUCUUAAUAUAUUCGUAUGGAAUUUAUGCACGGCUGAUGUAAAGCCAAUAUUUUCACCCGAUAAGUACAAUAGGAUUGUUUUAUAUUCGUACCGGCCAUUUAUUAAAAAGUAAACAUGAUGAAUGACAGAAGGAAAACACAUGAAUCAAUCAAUUCACCAUGUGAAGAAAAUGAUGAAGAAUUUAGUCAUGACGAAUUAGUUAAAUUAACUCGAGAAGCUAUUGACAAAAUUAUAGAAACCGACCCGCUUUUUUCUGGACUUCCUUCUGAUGUGACAGUCGAAGAAUUAAAAUCACAAAUUGCUGUCGCUCAAGGACAAGCCAUAACUCUUUACCUUAAUAGAGGAGAGUUACCUAAACUGUCAAUAGUGGUCUCGCCACACAAUACAAGUGUUUUGGACCUCAAAAAAGCAAUUAAAAGGCAAACUACUCUUGCAUUACAUAGAGAAGGAGUUAAAAAGAAAAUAAGUUGGAAACAUGUUUGGAAAAAAUAUCAUUUGUGUUAUAACGAUAUUGUUUUAAGCAAUGACAAAGAAAAUAUCAAAAAUUAUGGAAUUAGUAACAAGGUGGAAUUGAAUUAUGUUAAAAGAAGAAGAGAAAAAAACCGAAUCCAACUAAAUCAAUAAUUAUUUUUAUUACAAAUAUGUACAUUAAUUUAUACACAUGUAUAUAAUUAUAGGUAGUUAUUGUUGAUUAUCUUUUGGUCGCUUAUUAUUAAUAAACUCCUCCAAUUUUCCAAC